CCAGGAAGUGACGUUGACUACCGGCGGAAGUGAGCAGUAAGGGAGGAAGAUGGCGGCUCCGAAGAGUGUUCCUCGGGACGCGCAGGUUAUGGCCCAGAUUCUAAAAGAUAUGGGCGUCACAGAAUAUGAACCCCGAGUUAUUAAUCAGAUGUUGGAGUUCACUUACCGAUAUGUUACCACAAUACUGGAGGAUGCUAAAAUAUAUUCUAGCCAUGCUAAAAAAGCAAGUGUUGAUGCAGACGAUGUAAGGCUGGCUAUUCAAUGCCGAAUGGACCAUUCAUUUACUUCCCCUCCUCCUAGAGAUUUUCUGCUGGAGAUUGCACGUCAGAAGAAUCAAAACCCACUGCCACUGAUUAAGCCAUAUGCUGGGCCCAGACUGCCACCAGACAGAUACUGUCUAACAGCUCCAAACUAUAAAUUGAAGUCACUACAUAAGAAGGUGACAUCAUCCACUGGAAGAAUAACUGUACCAAGGCUAAGCGUUGGCACAUGUGUUACCAGUCGGCCUAGCACACCAACACUGGGUACACCUUCAUCACAAACAGUGGCUGUUACUGCAAAAGUUGGAACGCCUGUGUCAUUGGCUGGACAGAGAUUUACAGUGCAAAUCCCUUCCUCUCAAACUAAUGUUAAACCAGCUACAGGCAUCUCCUCAACAACUUCAGUCCAAAAUGUUUUGAUCAAUCCAUCUCUGAUUGGCUCAAAAAAUAUUCUUAUCACAACUAAUAUGGUCUCGGCCUCGGGUAGCAACAAUGAGGCAAACCCAUUGAAACGGAAACAUGAAGACGAUGAUGAUUAUGAUGCUUCCUAAAAGGAUCUGGCCAUAAUCUUGCAAAGUUAUUCUUGUCAGAAUAAAUCCAAUAUUUUGAGACUCCCAGAUACACGUGUUGAAGAUCUGCUAAUUUCUGCUUGGGAUUGAUUGCAAGCCAUCCAGUUUGGACAGGUUGAACUGUACAUUCAGUCAUGUGAAGCUAAUGUGUAAAAGUAUUUGUAAUUUAUGUGGCCUCUGCAGAAUUGAGAACAUGAUUUGGAAAUUGUCUCUCUUGUUCAUAGUAAGUAAACGUGCCAUUCUAGUAUUGUAAACAGUCAUCAGCUUAAAUCUUGGGAUCCCUUCUUGCCACGAGCUUUUUUCUAAAUUGCUUUUCAUGAAGAUCAGUUUUCUAUAUUUAAACAAUUCCUUUAAAUGUGAAGAAUUCAUAUUUUCUGGGUUAUCUUUGGACAGUGAUUUCUGCAUAUUUGUUUUUGCAUUAUGUUUUUACACCACUUGAAUGGUGUUCAUAGUUGCUUUCUGCUUUUGUUUCCUGAGAAUUUAGAGAUUGCCAGUGUUGUGUCAAACUUGCUUCAAGUAACAAACACAAAAUUAAGUUUACAUUUUUGUGCUGUUUUAUAGAAUUAUUCAAAACAUGCCAGUUGUAUUUUAAGAAAUGUUUGUAUAAUGAAUCAGAUUUUCUGAAACAACCACUUUGUUUCAUGUCUGUACAUAAUGGAAAAAGCAGGUUUCUUUGCAGUCUGGAUUGAUUGUAGAGUUUUGUUAUUAGUUUAGAUUCAUAUAACAAUUGUUUUUGGACAGCUGUUAAACAGUAGAUUACAUUGUUUUUCAAUGGUGUAUAUUUUAAAAGGAAGCUUGAGAUCUUCAAAUUAAUAGAAAUGUCUUGCAGACGUGAGCCAUUUCAUGGAUAACAGUGCUGUACUGCAUUUGUUCUGUUUUCACAUUUAACUCUCGGUUCAAAUUGUUCCAGAAUUUAAUCACAAUAUAUUGAAAUAUUUCUUGUA